UUCAAGAAAUCGGUGGUCAUCCGUGAAGAAGGCUUCGAGUUGUAUUCAACCACCCGCCAAAGCAACUCUGUGAAUUCGUUGGUCAACCGAUAUAUGAUUACCCGUUAGAAGGAAAAAGACUUCAACUAAUAUCUAGCGACGAAGGCAGAGGCUUGCUGCAGUAGCUAGUGUCUUAGUAGUCUGCCAUGAUUGUGUCCUUGAUUAAAGUCUUKGUAUUUCUUGGCUUUCUUUGGUACAGUGAUGGUGCAUACUUAUCGAAUAUAGGUGAAUUAACGCCAUGUCUAGCACCAUGUACCGACUAUGGCGUUGUCAUCACAACAAGAGGCAACUCCUCGAGGUUGAAGCUCUCCGUUUAUAAAUUCAAGCGUAAAAAGGACAAGAUGAUUACACCGGCUGAUGUUACCAAGAUGAAAACAACCCCUGAAUUCCAACCUCUGGAUUUGGACGCUAUCUUGAAAGGAACUAAAUCCCUUCCUGAAGCAAUGAUGCCACUGAUAAACGCUGCAAAGAAAGCCGUUCCUCCCAAGUACCAGCUCAGCACCCCAAUAAUAUUCUCGCUUGAUGAAGAAACCCAGUCAAUUAAUGACGAUGCCUGGUAUCGCGUUCGUGGUGAUAUUGUGGAGUUUUUUGUGAAUAAGACCGUACCGUUUCUAGCUGGACCAUAUUCUGUUGAAGAAAGUAGCGACGCUGACGAUGCUUCGUAUCGCUGGCAUACGAUGAAUUUUAUCAAAGGAAAUUUCUUGGGCGACAACAAGAAGACAGUUGCAACGCUGAGCUUUAACGGCAAAAUGGUGAGUGAGGUAGCAUACGAGAUUCUCCCAAUCGACAGAACGGURUCGUACCUCUCCACCAUUGCAGGACAGCCCCAYCCUCUGGUUACAUCAACGUACUUUAGAAGGGGUACUCUGUUUGCUCUUUACAAGUACUUCGAAACCAUAUCGAAACCAGUGCAACCCGUUAUCAGAAGUCCAUGUGGGCCUAAAGGAAUGAAAAAAGAGUUUAAAGGAAUACGCGGAGUGAAGUGGAUUGUGGGAACGGGAGAAAUCAUGAAAUGUAGAAAUAUCAUUCGAGACAAGCUKUUCAACAUGUGUAGCAGGAUGAAUGGAUGCGCGUACUUGAAGCACAAGGUGAAAGGGAAAAUCUAUGGCAUGCCAAAUGUUGCACAAACAAUGAAGCAACUAGGUUAUGAGGAAUGUACUAAAGAUUUYACUCCUCUAAUGCUUGACGCUGCCAUCAAAAAGGCUUGUGGAGGCAACGAACCUAUCCUUCCACCUGAAACUACAGCACAACCUGAAACUACAGCACAACCUGAAACUACAGCACAACCUGAAACUACAGCACAACCUGAAACAACACCCCAACCUGAAACAACACCCCAACCUGAAACAACACCCCAACCUGAGACUACACCCCAACCUGAGACUACACCCCAACCUGAAACAACAACUCCACCAGAAACUACCGCUGCACCUAAUACUAGUACCGUCAAACCUGGAAUGCCCAUCAAACCCCCCAAACCGGUCCCGCCUCUUCCUCCACAAGUACCGUUGCCCGCCAAGCAACCCUCAAAWCCAAAYACAUCAAUCAAAGUUCCAGCCAUCAAGAUCCCAAAMAUUGACACGUCUAUCAAACUCCCGAUCAAAAUUGGUAAUGAUGCCAAGACUCCCCCGUCAAAAGGUUUUAACGCCAAGAAAAGCUCACUCAAAAGAAAAGUCASGUCCGCCCGCAAAAAUACGCUUGAACAGCUCUCGCCUGAAAGUCCCACUGGUAUUACAGACUGCGUGAAUGGCAAUUUUCUGUAUAUGAUGCUAACUGAGGCUUACUACUUGGCGCCGGAUGCAAAGAUAUAUGUAAACCAGGAGAACCUUCCGUUAGAAGCCGACGAAAGUCUUGGAGAAUUGCUUAUACGAAUGCAACUGUUUUUAUAAAUGCAUUUGAAGUUAAAGAGUAACAUUUACGUGACCAAUGGACAGUGAGGAUAUACUUACUGUCAUACCAUAMAAGUUGGAAUAGCAUGAGAUUACAGUCUCCUUCGUUGCCAUUUUCUUAGCCUCCUAUCCUCGAAAAAGAAUCCUUUUAAGGAGACAGGAUGCCAAACAAAUCUUCAAAGGAGACUAGCAUACAAAGACGUCUAUAAAGGCCAAUUUAGACGGCACAACUUUUGCCUAUAACUAUCGCAUGCGACCUGCUUAAGCCAUGGCUGUUAAGCAAUUGUUGGAAAUCCCUACGGCAGUUGUAGCUAUGUCUUGUAAUGAUGACUUACGCAGGUCGCGAUAGUUGUAGGAAAACGUUGUGCCGUCUAAAUUGGCCUUAACAAAAUCAUAUUGAAGGGUGGAUUCCACUUCAGUUGGAAUCGGAAUCGUAUAUAAUUAAAUGAUACGAAAAUCGCUUGCCAUAAGCGGAAGCACAAGCUUCUAAUAUUUUAAGUUCCUAAUGGCGUCCGUACAUGUUGCUUAUUAUUUUUCAGCCCUAAAAUUAUUACCGUGUUUGUAUGACAUUCUCUUCCGCUUAUGACUCCGAUUCCAACUGCCUUUUCUUGUUUGUUGAACAGCUAAAGUACUCUUUUCUCUUCCGCUUAUGACUCCGAUUCCGACUGCCUUUUCUUUUUUGAUGAACAACUACAGUACUGACAAAUACAUGUCAGUCAAUCGAUUCAAUCAAAUCCAAGAUGUAAUCUGAAUGAGCUUAACAUGCGUUUAAUCGACAAUUUUCUGAGUAAUCUUAAAGUAGGUGAUUUUAUAAUUUUGUAAAACUUUUAGAAUUUGUAAUCAAUAAACAUUUAUUAAUUAUUUAAA